GGGGCUGGGGGGAGGGGCGUCAAGAUGGCGGCGGGGAGGUAGGCAGAGCCGGACGCCGCUGCUGCCGCCGCCACCGCCGCCUCCGCUCCACUCGCCGCUGGCUCUUCAAGCUCUCGGCGCCCGGGAGAAGCUGUUUCGGCGUUGGAUCCCGCGGGGAAAAUGGUGGAGCCAGGGCAAGAUUUACUGCUUGCUGCUUUGAGUGAAAGUGGAAUUAGUCCGAAUGACCUCUUUGAUAUUGAUGGUGGAGAUGCGGGGCUUGCAAUUUCAACACCUACUCCUCCAGUUCAGCAGUCAGUGCCACUUAGUGCAUUAGAACUAGGUUUGGAGACUGAAGCAGCAGUUCCUGUUAAACAAGAACCAGAGACGGUACCUACUCCAGCACUAUUAAAUGUUAGGCAGCAGCCUCCAUCUACUACAACAUUUGUGCUGAAUCAAAUAAAUCAGCUUCCGACUUUGGGAUCUACAAUUGUAAUGACUAAAACACCACCUGUAACAACCAAUAGGCAGACCAUCACUUUAACAAAGUUUAUCCAGACUACUGCAAACACACGCCCUUCAGUCUCAGCACCAGCAGUACGAAGUGCCAUGACCUCUGCACCUUCAAAAGACCAGGUUCAGCUGAAGGAUCUACUAAAAAAUAAUAGUCUGAACGAACUCAUGAAACUGAAGCCACCAGCUAAUAUUGCUCAGCCAGUUGCAACAGCAGCUACUGAUGUAAGCAAUGGUACAGUAAAGAAAGAGUCUUCUAAUAAAGAAGUAGCAAGAAUAUGGAUCAAUGACAUGAAAAUGAGGAGUUUUUCACCAACCAUGAAGGUCCCUGUUGUGAAAGAGGAAGAUGAACCAGAGGAGGAAGAUGAAGAAGAAAUGGGUCAUGCAGAAACCUAUGCAGAGUAUAUGCCUAUAAAAUUAAAAAUUGGCCUACGUCACCCAGAUGCUGUAGUGGAAACUAGUUCUUUAUCCAGUGUUACUCCUCCUGAUGUUUGGUAUAAAACAUCCAUUUCUGAAGAAACCAUUGAUAAUGGCUGGCUAUCAGCAUUACAGCUUGAGGCAAUUACAUACGCAGCCCAGCAACACGAAACAUUCCUACCUAAUGGAGAUCGUGCUGGCUUCUUAAUAGGUGAUGGUGCUGGUGUAGGAAAAGGAAGGACAAUAGCAGGGAUCAUCUAUGAGAACUAUUUAUUGAGUAGAAAAAGAGCUUUGUGGUUUAGUGUUUCAAAUGAUUUAAAGUAUGAUGCUGAAAGAGAUUUGAGGGAUAUUGGAGCAAAAAACAUUUUGGUCCAUUCGUUAAAUAAGUUUAAAUAUGGGAAAAUUUCUUCAAAACAUAAUGGGAGCGUGAAAAAGGGUGUUAUUUUUGCUACCUAUUCUUCCCUUAUUGGUGAAAGUCAGUCUGGUGGUAAAUAUAAAACUAGGUUAAAACAACUUCUACAUUGGUGUGGUGAUGACUUCGAUGGAGUUAUAGUAUUUGAUGAAUGUCAUAAAGCAAAAAAUUUAUGUCCUGUUGGCUCUUCAAAGCCAACCAAAACAGGAUUAGCAGUUUUAGAGCUUCAGAACAAAUUGCCAAAAGCCAGAGUUGUUUAUGCUAGUGCCACAGGUGCUUCUGAACCACGAAACAUGGCCUAUAUGAACCGUCUUGGAAUAUGGGGUGAGGGAACUCCAUUUAGAGAAUUCAGUGAUUUUAUUCAAGCAGUAGAACGGAGAGGUGUUGGUGCCAUGGAAAUAGUUGCUAUGGAUAUGAAGCUUAGAGGAAUGUACAUUGCUCGACAGCUAAGCUUUACUGGAGUGACCUUCAAAAUUGAGGAAGUUCUUCUUUCUCAGAGCUAUGUUAAAAUGUAUAACAAAGCAGUCAAGCUGUGGGUCGUUGCCAGAGAGCGAUUUCAGCAAGCUGCAGAUCUGAUUGAUGCUGAGCAGCGAAUGAAGAAAUCCAUGUGGGGUCAGUUCUGGUCUGCUCACCAGAGAUUUUUCAAAUACUUGUGCAUAGCAUCCAAAGUUAAAAGGGUUGUGCAGCUAGCUCGAGAAGAAAUAAAGAAUGGAAAAUGUGUUGUCAUUGGUCUGCAGUCUACAGGAGAAGCUAGAACAUUAGAAGCCUUGGAAGAGGGCGGGGGAGAAUUGAAUGAUUUUGUUUCAACUGCCAAAGGAGUGUUGCAGUCACUCAUUGAAAAACAUUUCCCUGCUCCAGAUAGGAAAAAACUUUAUAGUUUGUUAGGAAUCAGUUUGACAGCUCCAAGUAACAACAGUUCACCAAGAGAUAGUCCGUGUAAAGAAAAUAAAAUAAAGAAGCGGAAAGGUGAAGAAAUAACUCGAGAAGCCAAAAAAGCACGAAAAGUAGGUGGCCUCACUGGUAGCAGUUCUGAUGAGAGUGGAAGUGAAUCUGAUGCCUCUGAUAAUGAAGAAAGUGACUAUGAGAGCUCUAAAAACCUGAGUUCUGGAGAUGAUGAUGAUUUCAAUCCAUUUAGAGAUGAGUCUAGUGAGGAUGAUGAAGAUGAUCCCUGGCUAAUCAGAAAGGACCAUAAGAAAAACAAAGAUAAAAAAAAAAAGAAAAGUAUAGAUCCAGAUUCUAUUCAAAGUGCCUUAUUAGCAUCAGGUCUUGGAUCAAAGCGACCUAGUUUUUCUUCUACAGCAGUUAUUUCGCCUCCUCCUAACAGUGCACCAGCCAACAGUAACACCAACAGUAACAAUAGCCUUAUAACAAGUCAGGAUGCUGUGGAAAGGGCCCAGCAGAUGAAGAAAGACCUGCUUGAUAAACUAGAAAAAUUAGCUGAAGACCUCCCUCCUAACACCCUGGAUGAACUUAUUGAUGAACUUGGUGGCCCUGAGAACGUUGCUGAGAUGACUGGCCGCAAGGGGAGGGUUGUAAGCAACGAUGAUGGAAGCAUAUCUUAUGAAUCCAGAUCUGAGCUUGAUGUCCCUGUGGAGAUACUAAAUAUUACGGAAAAACAAAGAUUUAUGGAUGGAGACAAGAAUAUUGCUAUCAUCUCAGAAGCUGCCAGCUCUGGUAUUUCAUUACAAGCAGAUCGGAGAGCUAAAAAUCAAAGGCGAAGAGUUCAUAUGACUUUAGAAUUACCCUGGAGUGCUGAUAGAGCAAUUCAGCAAUUUGGACGAACUCACAGGUCAAACCAAGUUACUGCUCCAGAAUAUGUCUUUCUGAUUUCUGAAUUGGCAGGAGAACAAAGAUUUGCAUCUAUUGUUGCUAAAAGACUUGAGAGUUUGGGGGCUCUUACACAUGGUGACAGAAGAGCAACAGAAUCUAGAGAUUUGAGCAGGUUCAACUUUGAUAAUAAGUAUGGAAGAAAUGCUUUAGAAAUUGUCAUGAAAUCCAUUGUAAACCUAGAUUCGCCUAUGGUAUCACCACCUCCAGACUACCCUGGAGAAUUCUUUAAAGAUGUUCGACAGGGACUGAUAGGAGUUGGUCUGAUAAAUGUAGAGGAUCGCUCAGGAAUUCUUACUCUAGAUAAAGAUUAUAACAACAUAGGGAAAUUCUUAAAUAGAAUUUUGGGCAUGGAAGUGCAUCAACAGAACGCGUUAUUCCAGUAUUUUGCAGACACACUUACAGCAGUUGUUCAAAAUGCCAAAAAAAAUGGAAGAUAUGAUAUGGGAAUCUUAGAUCUUGGUUCUGGAGAUGAAAAAGUGAGGAAAAGUGAUGUUAAGAAGUUUCUGACGCCAGGAUAUUCAACCUCUGGCCAUGUAGAGUUAUAUACUAUUAGUGUAGAGAGGGGAAUGUCGUGGGAGGAAGCUACCAAGAUUUGGGCUGAACUGUCGGGACCAGAUGAUGGCUUUUACUUGUCAUUGCAAAUAAGGAACAACAAGAAAACUGCCAUUUUAGUUAAAGAAGUGAACCCUAAGAAGAAGCUUUUCUUAGUUUACAGACCAAAUACUGGGAAACAGCUUAAAUUAGAAACUUAUGCUGAUCUAAAGAAGAAGUAUAAAAAGGUAGCCUCAGAUGAUGCCUUGGUCCACUGGUUAGAUCAGUAUAAUUCGUCUGCAGAUACUUGUACUCAUGCUUAUUGGCGUGGCAAUUGCAAAAAAGCAAGCUUGGGACUAGUUUGUGAAAUAGGUCUCCGUUGCCGCACAUAUUAUGUAUUAUGUGGCUCAGUACUGAGUGUCUGGACAAAAGUCGAGGGUGUUCUAGCAUCUGUCAGUGGCACAAAUGUGAAAAUGCAGAUAGUUCGGCUAAGAACAGAGGAUGGACAGCGGAUUGUAGGUUUGAUCAUUCCUGCAAAUUGUGUGUCUCCUCUUGUAAAUCUCCUGUCAACUUCAGACCAGUCUCAGCAGCUUGCGGUCCAACAGAAACAGCUCUGGCAGCAGCGCCACCCACAGAGCAUCGCCAGCUUGAGCAGUGCAUAGGAGCAAACAGGUUUCAACAUGGAUGUAUCUGAAAUGCUGUUGAAGCAUAUCAUUUGCAUAAAAAUCAGGGACAGUUUCCAAAGAAUUAUAAUUUUUUUCAGUUGUGCUCUCUCUAGUUAAUUUUUUGGGAAUAAGGACAAACCUGGAAUCAAUAGCAAAACUGAAAAUCAGCAGUACCGGCAGUGGUACAUGUCUUUCCCUUUUGCUUUUCCCAUGGUACUUCCCACACACGUUUACUUUGGGUGAGCAGAGGGGUUAUGUGCGCGUGCGUGCGUGUCAGUUUGUCUGUCUCUGAGUUUGUUAAUGACUAUGAACCACAAUCGGUUUAAAAAUGCUUGGAACUUCCCAAACUGGCUUUACUUUUAUGUUAUACAGUGCUCAGGGUUAACGCAGUACAUCCAUGCAGUUGCUGUGGGAAUUAUCCCCAGAUGCAUGUUUGAGUCUAUAAAUAUAGAAUAUAUAUAUUGGUUUCUUUUCCAACUUAUUAUAACAAUAGGUUUAUUAAAGCAUGAAAUGAAAGUUUGCAUAUCAUGCAUUCAGGUUCUUUUCUAGUUUUUUUUUCUGACAGUGCAUGUCUUUGACAGCAUGCGUAAACAAGAUUAACACAGAACUCAAGUAACAGAGAGAAACAUUUGUAGGUGUACAGCGUUGGUUAUUGCAUUUUUAUAGUGUUUAUACCUGGGUAUUGCUUCUAACCCUGUGAGAACCACCCCCCAUUCUCCAUGUACCAGGUUUCUUGUCAAGGUAAUGAGUACAUACAUUUUUUUGUGGUAAAACUCUUAAAAGUUAAUUUUAAUGUAUUAAUAGUAUACCUAAUGUGUGCUGCAAAAAAUGGCUAGAAGCCUGCUUUUCUUAAAAUUGCAUUUCCUUAACUUAAAGAUAGUUUUAGAAAGUACAAAUCGGCUUCCAUCUUGAAAACAAUCUUUUUUAAUUUCAUUCUUUUGAUUUGCUUUGUCACUCAUAAAAAAGGAAACCAUACUUGAGUUGUAAACUAGACAAUGAGGAAACACUUGAGGCUUCUGCUGUAUGUUUAUUUUUUAUUAUUAUUGUUACCCAGUAACUUGAAUAUUGUUUAAUGUGUUGUAAGACAUGUAGAGUUUAUCUCAAGCUGUUAAAAAUGGUAAUGUACAAAUGUGAAUAGACACUUAUCUAUAAUAUGGGCAAGUUUUGUUUCGCCUAUAAUAGAUGUUUAUAAAAACAAGUGAGGGGACAAUUGGUCGUUUUGUUUCCUUUUGUUUCUUUCCUUUUGCUUGCACAGGUUGCACUAUUGCAAAAUUGAGAUUGUAUAAACCUGGUUAAAAGCUGCAAGAUGCCACAAUCUUGUAGUUGUCAAAUAAAAAGUUAUUAUACUAACCAGAAGUGGACUCUUGUUUAGGCCCUCACCACCUUCAGUAGUCUGUGAUGGGGAUUCUGUAGAACUUGUAUGUUGCUCAGCAUUCCAGGUAGGUAGCCUUAUGUUUUGUUUUAAAACCUACCCCUCGAAAUUUAGGAUGUUAAGGGGUAAAAUAACAGUACGUUAGGAUGUUUCUCAAGUUCAGUUGUUCUCCUUUGUUACUUUUUAAACUUGCAGAAUCAGGUGAGAUGUCAGAUAAAUGAUGGAAAGUUAGGGCUUUCGUACUCUUGUGUUUAUUUAAACUGGAGUUUGGUUAAGUCAAGUUUACCGUGAGUUUCCUUUGGGUUUAUUUAUUCUUGAUGCCAAAAAGAACAAAUUGAGAAUAAUUCUGUUCUUUGGCACAUUGCCUAGUGGAUGCAACUUUUAUUCUCAGUCUUUCCCUGUAUCUCAGGCAACGAUCCAUAUGAAUAUCAUCAGUGUUUCCCUUUAGGGCCUCUAGACCCGACUGGCAGCCAAGGGCAGAGUUGUCCCACCUGCAGCACAACUUUCAUGUUCUCCUCUUUUAAACCAGGAGCCCAGUCAGCUUCCAUCAAUCUACCAAGGUGAGAUGGAGUUCAGCCAAUUUGUUGGCCAACUUGCCAUUUUUGUAUCAGGGGGGAGUUGAGUAAAGGCCCAAAAAUAAAGCUUCUGAAAACUCUCAUAGCUCUCAGAAAGGCAAGCAGUGUAAAUGGGUGGGAACUGAGGUGCCACAUGCCUGUGCUCAUUGUGGUUGCUGUGCAUGCUGAGCAGCCAAGGCUGCUGCCCAUCCCCCUCUAUAGAGGUGUACAUGGGACCUUUACACUGUGCCCUUAUCCAAGUUCAGGUUGGCUAACAUGGGAAACCUAGCAUUCAAGGCCCUCCUCUAUCAAAAAACCCCGGGAAUCUUAACAGCAGCUAACUUCUGUAAAACAGGUCCGUGUAUUUCAGGAUCUGAAUGCUGUAUCUGAACCCAAGGGCCCUGUUGAACCUGACGACAAUGUGAGUCCAUUUGGCCUCUGCAAUGCCUUUUCUCCCUUUCUUUAGCAAUAUGGCUCUGAGCACAAAGAUUUGAUUGUAAAUCACGUUAGUGGUUAAUAUUUUAUAGUGUCGAUUUUACUGAAAACCACUACCUGAGCUGCUCAGGUGGUAUCUUGGAGGAAUUAGCAGUCCCCUAGUUUAGUAAUCUCCAUGCCACAAAGUGUCUAUCUGCAGUUUAGUGGGAUGAUCUAGAUGUAUCAAUGUGAGUUCCUCAAGGUAUUAACACAGUAUUCUUUAAAUGCAACUUGAUCAAAAAAUAAAUGUCUUAAGCAAUUUUCCCUUUUUGCUGCUAAGUUGCAAAUAUACACUCUUUAAUAUCUUUUCUUUACAUCUGUAUGUAUUAGCAAGAACCCGCAUCCAAAGCAUUGUAGUUGUGUGUAUUUAUUCCAGUCUAGUUAAUUAGCACUUCAGAAAUCUUGAGUUGCAACAAUAAACUUUAUAGUUUUAUUUUGCUUCAUCUAUAAAGGUAAAAAAAAUUCCAUAUUUCCAAACUCCAGGGGAAUAUAAUACUUCACAGGCACAACCUUCUGGCCAUAGCCCUUGGGGCAUUCAUUUGCCAGUCUCCGUCUGAUGUUUGUAGAGUAUCCUCUAACAGUCAUGACCAGAAAGGGCACUAGGACAGCCUUUACAGUUGUGUGAUGGGAGCCAUUCACCUACUUCUUCUGCUUUCUAGUUUAGCAUGAAGGGGAAAAAGCAAGAGAUUUUCAAGCAGAGGGAAAGCAUUUUCCCCUUGAGUCUUUUUCUUGAUACAAUAUUAAGAGGAAGGUCCCUAUCUAAAAUACUGUCUUUUAAAAAAAUGUUUCUGAGUGAUCUCUGGUAACUUCUAAGAAUGGUGCUUAACAGUUGCUCCUGUUAGGUUGGGUUCCAAUGGCAAAGGCAACCGCUGUGACCCUGGGCAUUCGUUGGCUUACCGCCCUGUGUCUGGGGUCUCCCCAGCUAGCACCACACCCAUACAUGUACUGUGCAUGCUUUGCUGCUAGAAUGCAGCAGGCUGUGUGUGUGUGGCUACAGCUGCGAGCAAAGUCCAUUUGCAAAAAUUCCUCAUUGGAUGCCAGUUGUCUAAUUCAAAUGUAGUGUCUUUAAGGGCAUAUAAGUGAAGGAAACAAAUAUAGAUACACACUGCAAGUAAUUUUUUUUUGAAUACUUGAGGUGAAAUCCAAAACUCACCUUCUAAUUUUAUGCUGUACUUACAUGUAUGUACAUAAGUAUGUAUAGAAAAGUUGAGUUCUUCUGAAUUCUGAAUGUAAAUAUUUUUUGUAAAUUGGAACCCCACCCACUUAUUUUUUCCUUUUCCCCUCCUCCCUUCAAUCCUAUUUAUUCUUUUCUGGACUUCCUAUAUGAGGCAUCUUAUAAUUUUUUUAAUGUAGAAAAUUUUGAAAAACUUUUUAGUUGGAUUUUUUCAUGUAUUUUAGAAUUCAGUUAUGCAUCUUUACUAUAGAAUUCCUGUUUGUUUUGUGUUAAUAUUUUUCAAUAUACCUGAUAUGUUUUGCAUUUUUAUUACAAAUUUUUACCGUGUGCAAUGCAUUGUAUUGGGGGGAUGUACUUGAGUGCAAUUUCUGAUACUGUCAUUAUAUGACUAGUUAUUCUUGUUUAUGUUGCUCUUUGGAAGCUGUAGUGAGCCUGAUGUUUUCACAUAAGAAAAUUUCUUCCCAACUUCCUUUAAGCUCCUCUAACUUCUUCAGUGCAUCUGUGACCUAACUUUACUCUUCAGUAGACACAGCUUGCCCCUACCCUUGCAGUUUUUUGGGCCUGUACCAAGCCCUUCAUCUGUGUGGCUCUCUAGCUGAGAGGAAACUUGCAGAUCUGAACUGUUGACCAGUGACCUGCUGCUGCUGCAAAUUUUGUGUUCCUUUAAGAAGUCAGGCUCAUACUUCUAACCUACAAAUAACCAGAAAUUUAGUUUGCAAUCAGCACAGGAAAUCUGCUUUUGCUUCGUCUGUUAAGGGUAUUUAUAGCAGGUGGGGACACUGGCCUGGUACAGCCUGGUGGUCUCCAUAUCGACAGGUAGUGUUAGGGAAUGUCCUUUAAGGAACAGUUGUCCUCCAGAAGGGUACAGCACAACCGCUGUCAAGGCUUCCAUGAGCCUUCCGCCCAGGGUGCUGAGGGUAAAACAGGCAGUUACCCAUGAAAGGACUGGCCAGCAGGAUCCCCUGAGCUACUGUUCGUUCCAGAGUACUUGCUGGUGAGUUGGUCUUGACCAGACGGUUCAGCAUAAACCUAAGAGCUGAGCUGGGUUAAGGCAUUUUAACGAUUGUUUUUGCCAGUAGGGAAGACCCAGCAGUGGCUCAUGAAUGGUGCUAGCAUUGGGUUUUUAUCUACAGACUUUGCCCCGUUAAAAUAUUUCUCUGCAACUUUUAGGAAAAAUUGCUGUGAGCAUUCCUUGGGUCUUUUCGUUCAUGUACAUGGUUCAUUUCAUUGAUUGAGCUUGGUAGACCUGUUGAAAAUUUUAAUUGCAUUUAGAUAAGUCUUGGAAACCUAAUUAAUUUGUCAUGAAUUAGGGCCUCUCAGAGAUUAGCUCCAGUGUGAAUCCCUGUUCAGAUAUUCUCCUCCCAGCUUUCUUCCCCUGUGCCUGUGGAGUAGUUGAACUGUGUGGUUUGCAGCAGCAGCUGGCUUAGUGGCCGCUGUGUGGCAGAACAGCUAAAGGCAACUAGUUCAGUUCAGUCCAGUGAGGGAUGCAGCCAGAAAAGGGGAGAGGCCAUUCUUUCUGAUACUGUAAUUUGGGCCUCCUGCGGGGCUGAAGGGGAUGGCAGUGCCCAGCCCUUAGAAUCACCCUGGCUCUUCCACCUACCUUGCCCUGAGGGCCUUUCUUGCUAUGACAGUACUUGCGGCACUGAAGAGGAUAAAGAAGCUUGAGCCUUCUUUCUGACCUCCACUUUCUGGGGCAGAGAGCUUUUUUUCUAUGUAGCACAUUUCAGUCUCACCGCCAUCAGAAAAAAUCAUUCUGUUCAUGGUUUAUACUGAAGUUGCAAACUACUGAUAUUAUUUUUCAAUAACCACUUGUAUCUACCAUCAACCAUGAGAGGUGGGAGGAGGUAUGCUGUAUCUCUGCAAUAAAACUUCUGCCAGGUUCUACCUCCGCUGAGCAAAGGAUACUUUUAUACGUAGGCAUAGAUCUUCCUCUUUUACUAAUCUGACAUGGUGCAUCUUGAGACAACAUAUGAUGGAAUCCAAAGACAAUUUGAAACAAAGGUGGAUGUAAAUUAUUUUGGUUGUUCCUAUUUCGUUCUCUUUUUUUAAAGCUCCCUUUUUAUAUUGCUACUCUGUUUUGAAUGUCCAUCAGUGUAUGAAGGGUACGCACUGUUCUGAUGAUAAUGCACUGCUUCAUUCAGCUUUCUGUGCUAAUACAGUACAAAGUGUCCAGGAACAAUUGUUCUGAUCAUUUUGAUAUGUAACUUUAAAAAUUGAGUCUCAUGCAAUAAAAAAAUGUGUGUUGGCUGCAUUUAGCGAGGAUUACCCCUUGCAAGUAAAAACUACCAACCAUAAAGUGUAACAAACUCUGUAUUUAGUUUUUUUGUUUUUGUGUUUUUUUCUUUUCCCUUUUUUUUUUUUGUAAGAUUCUUAAAUAAAUUAAACUGGCUAAUA